AUGUCCCCAGGAGCACCUCCGAUCGUCUACAACCACAAUGAAGGCCGAGGCAUCUUCAAUGUGGUGCGCGGUGACCAGCAAUUCACGACGACCUUGGUCAUGAACCUGAUGGCCCCCGCCAUGUCUUCGGUGGAUGGCGAGGCUGUUCCAGUCAUGGAACCUUACGGACACGCUAUAACAUACUUACAGGAUAUAUUCGUCCUCUUGGACCACCUCCCUCGCACUUCCUCCGUUGUAUCACUUCGCGACGAAGUGCGUGGGUUUUUGCCGGUCGUUGCAUGUGUGGCAAAAACAACGGAGAUAAUCCGUGACACUUGCCCUCAGCUACUAGCGCACGCUUUCUUCGCCGAUAUGGAGAACCAAGCAUUCAAAUACACCGAGGGGCUGGAGGAAAUGAAGGUAGAUAUCACUCGGUUUGCGUCUGACCUUGGCAAGCGCAUGGAGUCGACCUUGUGGCGGGAGAUACUCCUUCUUAUAUUCUCCCGUCGUCGCUGGACACCGCUCUGCCAACGCGUCAAACGAUACAUUCAGUCUAAUCGAAGUUCAUUGGAGCACUUCCUGUACUUCUUUUCAGCGCGCCUUGUGCGAGAGAAGUACAGAGAGCUAGGAAACCUCAUUCAAUCCGCAGGUCUAGGUUCGAUCCCGCCAAUACAUCAACCAGAAAUACGUACCAUAUGGGUCCGAGCGCCAGUCGGGACAGAUAUCUACGCCAUACCUUUGGAUCUGUGUACUUCCUGGAAGGACUUCAAGCUCGUUAUUCAUCGGUACUGCGACGACGGUCCCGGUGGGGAAUACAUCCAGAGGAACGACUGGGCGAUGGUCGAGUUGGCGGCGAACAAUAUCAUCAAUAAAUCGGGCGUGCUGCGUAAAUUCCUCAAACCAGGCAUGCGCUUCGACGUCGGCAUCAUCAUCAAGUUGCCCCCAGCGCUGAAAUGGCGCACGUGCCCACUGAGGCGGAUGAGUUCCAGCAAGGGGUGCGAUAAGUCGUUCCUCAGCGUGUUCUCGAUGUCUGCAUCCAAACGGCCAGACCUAUCUGCGGAGAAUUUCCAAAAUUCAUCCGGAUAUGACAUUGGACAGCCGUCUCGAGCAUCACCUCGUUCCAGAAGAGAUGCUGAGAUGUACCCACGAACCAAAUUCAAUCGUACAUUGGCGCUGAAUCGGAGGUGGCCUUCCUGGUUCAUUGAUGUAAUAGGGAUCUAG